AUGCAGGAACCAGAGAUGCAAAUUGAAGGAGUUAAUGUGGUGUUCAAAGAGCCUGUGCACAAAAUCCUAGAUCGGAUUAAGAACGAAUCGUUCUUCAGGUGGCCAAACAAAAUGGGGGGUGACCCAUCUCGGAGGAACCAAAACCUGUAUUGCACAUACCAUAGGGACAAAAGGCACACCACCGAGCAGUGUCGGGUACUAAAAGAUCAUCUAGGGCAGCUAGUAAAAGUAGGGUAUCUGAAAGAGUUUGUAGUGGACUCCGCUGACCGAGAAGCUGGCCAGGGUGUUCAACAGAAAAGAAAUUCCCUCCUGCCACUGUUGGGAGUGAUAGAAGUCAUCCACGCUGCCCCGAGAGGUACGGCAGCAGCUAAAAGGGUAUUGACAGUGGCUUGCACGGAAAGAGAUUCACCCGAGAAGAGGAUGAAAGUUGAUUGGCUAACCAUCUCGUUUGGUGAAGAAGAUUUGGAAGGGACGAUCCAACCUCAUGAUGAUGCAUUGGUAGUAACAGCUCGGAUAAGCGGGUUCUUGGUGACAAGAGUGAUGAUAGACCAAGGAAGCGGGGCCGACGUUAUGUACCUGGACCUGUUCGAAGGGCUCGGAUUUAAGAGUCAGGAUUUGGCGAAGUAUGACACGUCGCUGGUCUCAUUUGACGGGAGAGUCGUGAUUCCCGAAGGUCAGAUUUCUCUCUCGGUGGACAUGGAAGGCAAGGAAGUAAUAGUGACCUUCAUAGUAGUCCGAUCAUUCUCACCAUACACUGCAAUCCUAGGAAGGCUGUGGAUUCAUGUAAUGAAGGCCGUUCCGUCCACCCUGCACGUGAAAGUAAAAUUUUCCACCGAGUAUGGAGUCGCCGUGGUGAGAGGGAACCAACGAGUGGCUAGGCAAUGUCUUGUCGCCGCGGUCAGGUGGAAAAGUGAACAGCUCGGACAAGCGGAGGAGACCGAAAGAGAAACUUUAUAG